AUGACAGCGGAAUACUACUUCGGUCAUAAUCACAUGCCACUCUGGCAAUUCAUCGGACUCCUAAUAAUCUUCAGCAUCCUGAUCGGUUCUCCGGCUUUCGUUUGUUUCGUUUACCACCGUCGCAAAGAGCGAGAUAGAUUGCAAGAUGUCAACCGACGAGCUUUGGCACAGAAGCAUCGACCGGAGUUUGUAAUCGAUGGAAGGGACUACUAUCUACUUCCUUUUCCUCACAAGGAUAUUGAGAGGAGACCAUCAACUAGUAGGGGGGAAACACCAAGGCAAGAAAGUAGCGGGGGGAGCACGGUACCCCUGUUGGUUUUGAAUGGUAGAACAACCGAAGGGUCAGCGAGUGCCUCGCCAGUGAUGGGAAGAAUUCAUAGGCAAUCGAAUCUAAGUUUUGAUGGAACCUCCAUGGCUGUAUCGAUGGAGCAGGAAGCCGUCUUGAACGCCAAUUUUGCGGAGAGAACGGGGACGGUUACUUCUGUUGCGUAUCCUCAGACGGCACACAGAGGUUCUCGGUCUGAUAAUAGAGGAAGAGGGGGGACAGGGAACUAUGGAACCUUGGGGAAUGUGAUGCAUAGUACUUACACUGCAGCACAGCGGGCGUAUAGAGGUCGACAUCGGUUGAAUUUUUGGAGUGGGUUGAUGCAACAAGUUCCUUGGGUGAAGGACCGGGGAGGGAGGUUGGAGGCCAUUGACGAGGAGAGUGUGGGGAGUAGUCGGUUUUCGAGGGGCGAUAAUCAGAAGGGGGGUAAUAAGAGAACUACUGCUACAACUACGGCUAUUACGACUAGUGGAGCUUCUUCAAAUGCCGAUGUCAAUAUUAUGACAGCUAGAGGGAGUGUCUAUAGGGGGGUAAUAGUGGGAAGCACAGGAACUUUGAAUACUGAGAGUUCCGCUUAUACUAUGAGCAGGGGGACACCGCCAACGUUUGAAAAAGUCGAUUCAAGAGAGCCGUAUAAUCCCAAUAUGGCGAGGAGUUUGACAAGAAGGCUUUUGAAGUUUGGGUUUGAUCAAGUUAGGGACGGCGUUGGUAAUCCUGAAAGAAGUGAAAAGGGGGGUGAAUAUGAAAGGGGAGAAGAGGAUGAGGAAGAUGGGAAAGGGAGGCAGAUUAGUGGAGUUUGGAAGAAGGGUGUUGAAUUGAAGAAACGGGCUUUAGAAAGAAAGAAAUUGGAGACUGGAAAUCGAUUGUUUAGUUUUCAGAAAAAGAAAGUGGGCGAUGAUUGGGGUGACGAAGAAGAUAUCGAUGAGGGGCAAGAAGGUGGUGACAGCCACGCUGAGGAAGGCGGGACGAGUCCAGAUGAUUUGGCAAAGACCUCGAUUAGAGACUUCGCUCAUGCAUUCAAGAAGGAUAUCGUCGGUAGUAGCAAUGAUUACGAGGAAUUUUCACCUACGGGAACCGUUCGGAUUCAUCACAUUGAUGAUGACGAUGAUGAUGAUGCAGGAGAAGACCAACAGUCUACUAUUCUUUCCGAAGACAAGGAAGCCAUUAUAUCUUCGUUGACAUCACCCGAAGCAACUUCUUCUUCUUCUUCUACUUCUUCUCCCACCUUCGACGAUGUUGCCGUUGAUUCUUCCCCGAUUACUAAUGAGAACGUCCCUACAAUUACCAUUAACACGACCUCAUCUUCGACUACCACACAAAUCGAGAUUUCGACGCCACCAAUGGGGACCCUACGCGGCAGGAAAACUUUGAGAGAUAAGGGUUCCGUUCCCGGGACCCAGAAGAUGAGGAUGGCGAGAAAUACGCCUAAGAAUACUUUAGGCAGGUCAUCUUUACAGGCUCCCAAUUCCUUUGAGAGUCUCCCUAGUGAAGAUACAACCGACCGAGUUGUUGGAAUCAAAGUUGAUAUAGAGGUUACUGAUGGUGGGGAGAUUAUUAUGCUGGCUGAAGAUAGUACUAAGGAGGAUUUGGGAAAGAAUGCUUGA